GCUGGAGGGGGCGGUGGUUUGCCGCGGUCCCUCUUGUCUCCUGGAGUGCACUUGUUAGCGCUGAACCUUGACCUGUGGAGCUCGGCGCGCGGUGAAGAGCCGGAGCGUGAACCCGAGCAAGAUGCCGCCUGUGAUCUGCCCCAACAGCCCUGGGACAACGACAAUCGAUUCACUGGAGAAUGCGGGCAGAUUGAUCGACAAACACUUGUUGGAUGAUCGCCUCUACCCGGAUCUGGCCGAGCUGCUCAAUGUCCCCAGUUUCAACAAUCCAUCUGUGUCUGGGAUGGCUGACAUGGAUUAUCCUCUCCAAGGACCUGGACUGCUGUCGCUCCCCAGCCUCCCAGAGAUCAGCCCUAUUCGGAGAGUCCCCCUGCCCCCAGAAUUGGUGGAACAGUUUGGACAUAUGCAAUGCAAUUGUAUGAUGGGGGUUUUCCCUGAAAUUGGCAAGGCUUGGCUCACUAUUGAUAGUGACAUCUUCAUGUGGAAUUAUGAGGAUGGGGGUGAUUUAGCUUAUUUUGAUGGACUGAGUGAAACGAUUCUCUCGGUGGGGCUAGUAAAACCCAAAAGAGGUAUAUUCCAGCCUCACAUCCGCCAGCUACUUGUACUGACCACUCCUGUUGACAUUGUGAUUCUUGGCGUCAGCUUCACCAAUUCUCAGACAGGGCUGGGAAUCCUAAGUGACAACGUAUGUGGAGGGAUGCAACUCCUGCCAGAUCCUCUGUACUCCAUUCCCACAGACAAUACCUAUCUGCUGGCAAUCACUGCCACAGAUACUGGCCGUAUAUUCCUGGCUGGAAAAGAUGGUUGUCUGUACGAAGUUGCCUAUCAGGCUGAGGCUGGCUGGUUUAGCCAGCGAUGUAGGAAGAUAAAUCACUCAAAGAGUUCUCUUUCCUUCCUUGUUCCCUCAUUUCUGCAGUUCACCUUCUCUGAAGAUGACCCAAUUGUUCAGAUUGCCAUUGACAACUCGAGGAGCAUCUUGUACACACGCUCAGAAAAGGGUGUGCUACAGGUGUGUGACUUAGGUGCUGAUGGCCAGGGAAUGGGCAGAGUGGCUUCCUUAUCCCAGAAUUCCAUAGUCUCUGCAGCAGGUAACAUAGCCCGAACCAUAGAUCGAGCUGUGUUCAAACCGAUUGUUCACAUAGCAGUUAUUGAGAGCUCAGAGUCCGUGGAUUGCCACCUGCUAGCUGUGACACAUGCAGGUGUUCGACUGUAUUUCAGCACUAUGCCCUUCAAGCACCCAGGUGUACGGCCCAGUGUACUGGUGCUUGUACAUGUCCGUCUGCCUCCAGGAUUUUCUGCCUCAGCUACUCCUCAGAGGCCCUCCAAAGUUCACAAAGCUCUUUACACCAAAGGUAUUCUGCUGCUGGCUGCCUCUGAGAAUGAUGACAAUGAUGUCCUCUGGUGUAUUAAUCAUGACUCCUUUCCAUUCCAGAGACCCCUCAUGGAAGUGCAGAUGACAGCAAACAUUGAUGGUCACUCAUGGGCUCUGUCUUCCAUUGACCACUCCCAGCUUCAAAAGAUUGUUACUCCACUCAACAAAGACCGUGUCCCCCUCACCGAUCCACCAGUUGUAAUAGUCCAGCAUUUGGCACCUCCCAAAAGAUUUAUUCUGCUCACAGCACAGGGCAGCCAUUUUUUCCAGAAACUACGUCCUGUGGACCAACUGCGUCAUCUCCUUGUAAGCAGCGCAGGUGGAGAGGGAGAGGAUAUUGAGCGAUUCUUCAAACUACAUCGGGAGGAACAGGCAUGUGCUUCAUGUCUCAUUCUUGCCUGUUCAACAGCAGCAAAUGAUCGGGAAGUUUCAGCCUGGGCAACUCGUGCUUUUUUCAGGUAUGGUGGAGAAGCACAAAUGCGGUUUCCUGCAGCCAUUCAGCAGCCAGUGAAUGUGGGGCCCAUCUUCAGCACUCCACACCCAGUGCCCUUGAUGCCUUAUGGUAGCCCCUUCUCCAGUCCCAGUAUGUCGGCUAUUCCAGUGUCAGGUUUGAAGCCUGUUGGCAUGUCAACACCUCUGUUCUCCCCUGGAAGUCCUGGCGUCUAUGGCGGGGCCCCUCUGCCUCCAGUCACGACAAUGUCUGGACCAGAGGUGGUCUUUUCUGGAAAGCAUAACGGCAUCUGCAUCUAUUUUACCAGGAUCCUGGGGAAUAUCUGGGACAGCAGUAUAGCAGUGGAAGAGACUGUCCCUCAUUUAAGGCAACAGACAGUACUGUUUGAGAGCAGUGUUGCUGCAAAAUGUCUGGCGAGCAUUCUGCUUGAACUUAAUGGAUUGCGGGAAUUCCUUGAUAGAAACUCCCAGUUUGGAUCUGGAACUCUGGGAAAUGCAAGCUUUAGUGCUUCCAAUGUACCACAGCGGCUGCUGGGUUUCAUACGUCCUGACGGAGGUUCACAGCAAGUUCAACAGGAGCUACAAAGGAAAUACCACACCGAAGCACAGGCUUAUGAGAAGCUGUCACUACAGGGUAUACAGCAGCUGAUCCAUUACACCUGUCAGACUCUAACUCUUUGGAAGAUGCUCUGCGAUCACCAGUUUGGCGUUAUCAUUGCAGAUUUACAGAAGGAGCUCCAGGAACAGUUGAAAUCAACUCCGUUCCGGGACUUGGUUAUCCGAGGGAAGGAAUUAUGUGGGGCACUCAUUACUUCACUCAUUAACCGAUACAUUGGGGACAAUGCGUCGGUAGAUGCCAUCAGUAAACACCUGAGGGACACUUGCCCCCUGCUCUACAGCAACGACGAUGCAGUCUGUUCCAAGGCAAAUGAGCUGUUGCAGAGUGCACGACAGGUUCAGAACAAGGCAGAGAAAGAGAAAGCAUUAAGAGAAUCACUGUGCCUGUAUCAGGAGAUCGGGCACCAAGUUGACCUUCCCAGUGUCUGUGCACAGUUCAGACAAGUGCGUUGCUAUGAGGCUGUGGCUGAGUUGAGCCUCUCCGCUGCUGAUAAAAAGGAUCCACAGGGACUGGGUCUUCAUUAUUAUAAGAAUGGAGAGCCAGAAGAGGAUCCAGUGGGACAGCAAGCCUUCCAGGAGAGGCUGAACUGUUAUAAAUGUAUCUCGGACACACUGCAAGAACUGGUGAACCAGAGUAAAGCUGCUCCACAGUCUCCCAGUGUCCCCAAGCUACCAGGUCCUCCAGUCCUGUCAUCUGACCCCAACAUGUUGAGUAAUGAAGAGGCAACGCAGCAUUUUGAGCAAAUGUUGAAGCUUGCUCAAAGAUCAACAGACGAACUCUUCAACAUCGCUUUAUUUAACUGGCUGAUCCAGGCUGACCUGAUGGACAAGCUGCUGGAGGUUAAUUCUCCAUUUCUUGAGCCAUAUUUGGUCCGAAUGGCAAAGCAAGAUCAGAACAAAGUUCGUUACAUGGACUUGCUUUGGAGAUAUUAUGAGAAGAAUCGCAAUUUCAGCAAUGCUGCAAGAAUUCUAGCUCGCCUUGCAGACAUGCACAGCACCGAGAUCUCACUACAGCAAAGGAUCGAAUACAUAUCUCGGGCCAUCCUCAGUGCAAAAAGCUCCACUGCAACAUCAUCACAGGCUGCUGAUGGCGAGUUUUUACAUGAGCUCGAGGAGAAAAUGGAGGUGAGUCACUCAGUGAAAGAAGACAAGGGUAUGCUGCUGGGAAAUCUUCCUGAAAUGUGUCCAACAAAUGGAGAAAUUAGAUGUGAACAUGGUGGUAAAGUGACUGACUGGUAUCACCGUCACAACGAUCGGCUCGGCUCCCUGGUAUCACCCUCACAACGAUCAGCUCGGCUCCCUGGUAUCACCCUCACAACGAUCGGCUCGGCUUCCUGGUAUCACCGUCACAACGAUCGGCUCGGCUCCCUGGUAUCACCCUCACAACAAUCGGCUCGGCUCCCUGGUGUCACCGUCACAACGAUCGACUCGGCUCCCUGGUGUCACCGUCACAACGAUCGGCUCGGCUCCCUGGUGUCACCGUCACAACGAUCGGCUCGGCUCCCUGGUGUCACCGUCACAACGAUCGGCUCAGUUCCCUGGUAUCACCGUCACAACGAUCGGCUCGGCUCCCUGGUGUCACCGUCACAACGAUCGGCUCGGCUCCCUGGUAUCACCCUCACAACGAUCGGCUCGGCUCCCUGUUGUGUUGAUUCUCUCCUCUGCUUUUCUCAGUUGUAUGGAGAGUUUGCUGACCAUUUCCGUCUCUCGGAGUGUAAGCUGGCUAUCAUCCAUUGUGCAGGUCACUCAGACACCAUCCUUGUGCAAACCCUUUGGCAAGAAAUAAUUGAGAAAGAAUUGGCUGACAGCAGGUUGAUGAGUUGCAUGGACCGGAUGCAGACCCUGAGUAUGAAGCUUGUGUCUUUGGGAAAACUUUAUGCAGGGACUCCUCGCUAUUUUCCAUUGGAGUUUUUGGUUCAGUACCUGGAACAGCAGUCCUGCGUGCUCAAUUGGGACACUGGUUUUGUCACCUUCACCAUGCAAGAGAUUGGAAUAACUUUACCCAGACUGCUUCAGGUGUAUAAUCAGCUCUUCAAGACGCGGGAUCCUUACUGGCAGCGGGUCAAAAAGCCUCUUCAUUUGCUCGAGUGCAUUCAUGUCCUUCUCAGUGCCUAUGUGCAGGAACCCAAUAAAGUUCCAGCCCAUGAGAGACGGCAAUUCACCAAUAGUUGCUUGGAUGCAGUCGGCCGGUUCCUUGUUGAACUUCAGUCUAUGAGCCCAACCAAUACCUUACAGGCAACAAUUGGAAAUUUCAAAUCAUUGCAGGCUAAACUGGACCGCCUCCAUUGAUCCUUUCCCUUCACAUACAUACAUAUGUCCCUAUACUAUUAUAUUUCAGUUUUCUGUGCUUAUUCCUUAGGUCCUCACUGUCAUCUAAUACGUGUUUGGCCUUCAAAUUAAUUUCUAUUUCCCUUCUAGAAGUUGAAGUGUUCAGUCUGAACAUGUUGAUCACAGUCAGCUGGACUCUGAUAUUGAGCAGUUUAUCUGGAAUAACACAGCUUAAUAACAGGGACUUAAUGAGCCCUCCUGUUUCAGGGAUAUUAUUGAGAAUUCCUUGCAAAGAAGAAAUUCACCUUGUUACAUAAAACCAACCUUGUUGCAUUUAAGAUACUGCACCAGGGAGAAUGUCCUUUUCAAUACACUUGUUUUUAUGUAUUUGAUACACAAAUUAUUUCAUUGUUUUAAUGUAAAGUACUUUGCAGAUGAGAAACUGAAUAAAGGUAUAAUUGGAUUAUUUCA